AUGACUACAAAAUUAUUAACUGGCCGAGUCGCUCUUGUUACAGGAGCAACAAGAGGUAUUGGUAAAGGUAUUGCUGUUCAAUUGGGAGAGGCUGGAGCUCUUGUCUAUAUCACAGGUCGUACACUGAAAUCAUCUAAUGAUAAACCUGGAAGUUUAGAAGAAACUGCUGAAGCUAUUCGAAGUCGAGGUGGUCGAUGUAUUCCGGUGUGUGUGAAUCACGAGAAUGCAGAUGAAAUUGAAGCUUUAUUUGAACGAAUUACUAAGGAACAAGAUGGUCGAUUAGAUAUUUUAGUUAAUAAUGCAUAUAAAGGAGUUGAACGCUUAUUAAUGACUUCAGGUAAACCAUUUUGGGAAGUUGAACCAGAUAUGUUUGACGAAGUUAACAAUGUUGGUUUACGUAAUCAUUACUAUUGUGCUGUUUAUGCUGCUCGAUUGAUGGUUCCACGAAAACAAGGUUUAAUUGUAUUUGUAUCUUCACCAGGUGGUCUUCGUUAUUUAUUCAAUGUAGCUUAUGGUGUUGGAAAAGCUGCUUGCGAUCGUAUGGCAGCUGAUACAGCUUUUGAAUUAAGAAAACAUAAUGUUGGUUCAAUAUCACUUUGGCCAGGUGGUGUUGGAACAGACACUAUUCUAGCAUCAGAACAUAACGCUGGAUUUCUUAAAAUGCUUAAAAAAUUUGAUAAACCAGAAUCAGCCGAAUAUGCUGGGCGUAUUAUUGCUCAUCUAGCACAAAAUCCAUCAAUGAUGCAAUAUUCAGGAAAGAUAGUUAUGACAGCUGACUAUGGUACAACUUACAGUAUACCUGAUACAGAUGGUGAAUAUCCAACCAAUAUACGAUCGUUUAGUUAUCUUUUUAAACAAGUACCAAGUUUAAGUUGGUUAUCAGGAUGGAUUCCAGGCUUUUUAAAAGUACCUUAUUGGUUAUUCCAUCAAAGUAGCAAUAAAUUUUAA